GCAAAAGGUUUAGUGCGUUUUACGAAUACCGCGUGUGAGCGUGACACACGGCCCGGCUAAUUCCGGUUCCUGUUGUGUGUGGCAUUUGUUCUAGCGGUCAGUAAAGGGGAUUGCAGAUACUCGGUAGUGUCCCUCGCAGGCAAAUAGCAAAUAGAACUUAGCAACAAUGACCACCGGAGCUAAGACGGAAUCGGCGGAGGUGCCCGAUCUGCUAGAUGCACCCGGCUAUCUAGACCCAUUUUCGCGUCGUUACAUGAUGAAGCAGUUCAUCGCAGCGUUGCCGGAGGCGGCCCAACAACGAGUGAACGCCCUCAAACAUCUACAGGUCGAGUACACCAAGUUGGAGGCCAAGUUCUUCGAGGAGGUGUAUCAGCUUGAGUGCAAAUAUCAGCAACUCUACCAGCCGAUUGUCGACCGGCGAAAGGAGAUCGUGGCCGGCAAGGUAGAACCUACGGCUGAGGAAGCGGUCUGGGAAGAGCCACAGAGCAGUGACGAGAACGGUGCGGAGGAGGGAGAGCCAGAAGAGGAUGACGAGAUCAACGAGAAGUUGAAGAAGAUGGCACUAAAUUAUCACAAGGAACUACCCUCCAACGGACAAGGCAUCCCGAACUUUUGGCUGAUGGUGUUUAAGAACACGGAAGCGCUAGCCGAGCUGGUACAUCCGCACGACGAACCGGUGCUAGAGUAUCUGCGCAAUCUAAACAUUGUGUACGAGAAGGAUCCGAUGUCGUACGUGAUCGAGUUCCAUUUCGACACGAACCCAUACUUCAAGGACACCGUGCUGACGAAGAAAUACUUCCUGCGCUGCAACAUCGACAAGGACGAACCGUUCGUUUUUGAAGGGCCUGAAAUUUACAAGUGUACCGGCUGUCCGAUCAACUGGAACCCGGGCAAGAACGUGACGGUAAAAACGAUUAAAAAGCAGCAAAAGCACAAACAGCGUAACGCGACCCGUAUGGUCACGAAGACGAUGUCGACCGAAUCGUUCUUUAACUUCUUCUCGCCACCGCGCGUCCAGGAGGACGACACAGUGGACCCCGAAACGCAGUUCCUGAUCGCGCGUGACUUUGAGGUGGGCCACUUCUUGCGGGCACGCAUUAUCCCGAAGGCCGUCCUGUAUUACACCGGCGAGGUAAUUGACGAUGACGACGACGAUGAUGAUGACGAGGAGGAAGAGGAGGAAGAGGACGAGGAGGAGGAAGAGGAGAACGCGGAAGAGGAGGAGGACGAGGAUGACGAGGAGGAGGAGGAGAAGGAGAGUGCACCGAAACCACCGGCAGCCGCCAGUAAUCGGGCGAAGAAGUCGAAAGGUGGUCGUGGUGGUAGUGCGGGCGGUGCGAAGAAGACCGGUGAUCAGCCGGCCGAAUGUAAUCAGCAGUAGA